AUGUCUGGACGUGGUAAAGGCGGCAAAGUUAAGGGAAAGGCAAAGUCCCGUUCGUCUCGAGCUAGUCUGCAGUUCCCAGUAGGACGUAUCCACCGUCUGCUGCGGAAAGGAAACUAUGCCAAACGAGUUGGUGCUGGUGCUCCCGUGUGUUUGGCAGCAGUAAUGGAAUAUUUGGCUGCUGAAGUUUUGGAAUUGGCAGGAAAUGCAGCUCGUGACAACAAGAAGACCCGUAUCAUCCUGCGUCACCUGCAGUUGGCCAUCCGUAACGACGAGGAGUUGAACAAACUUUUGUCCGGUGUUACCAUUGCCCAGAGAGGCGUCUUGCCGAACAUUCAAUCCGUGCUGCUGCCCAAGAAGACCGAAAAGAAGGCUUAA